AUUCUCACUCUCUUUCCACAUCCUGUCUCUCUCUCUAUACUUGCGUUCUUUCGACUCCACGGCGCAGAUCCGAGGAGUUGGUAAACCCUAGCUCUUCAUCAGAACAACGCAACAGGAAGCUGUCUUUCUCUAUCUACUCCGAUCAUCACCAAUCUAUCUCUCUCAUCAUUCGCAGUUAUGGCAGGUUUAGCACCAGAAGGAUCACAAUUUGAUGCUAAACAAUAUGAUACCAAAAUGAGUGAAUUGCUUUCAUCUGAUGGACAAGAUUUCUUCACAUCAUAUGAUGAGGUUUAUGACAGUUUUGAUGCAAUGGGCUUGCAAGAGAACCUCCUUAGGGGCAUCUAUGCUUACGGUUUUGAGAAGCCCUCAGCAAUCCAGCAAAGGGGAAUUGUUCCAUUCUGCAAGGGCCUUGAUGUUAUUCAGCAAGCUCAGUCUGGAACUGGAAAAACAGCAACCUUCUGCUCUGGAAUCUUGCAGCAACUUGAUUAUGGUGUGGUCCAAUGCCAGUCAUUGGUUUUGGCACCCACUCGAGAGCUUGCACAACAAAUUGAGAAGGUUAUGCGAGCACUUGGUGAUUAUCUUGGUGUGAAGGUUCAUGCUUGUGUUGGUGGAACCAGUGUUCGUGAGGAUCAACGCAUUCUUUCAAGUGGUGUUCACGUUGUUGUUGGCACCCCUGGUCGUGUGUUUGACAUGUUGCGGAGACAGUCACUUCGACCUGAUUAUAUUAGGAUGUUCGUAUUGGACGAGGCUGAUGAAAUGCUUUCACGUGGUUUCAAGGAUCAGAUCUACGACAUUUUCCAGCUGCUGCCAUCUAAAGUCCAAGUUGGGGUCUUCUCUGCCACAAUGCCACCCGAGGCACUUGAGAUCACAAGGAAGUUUAUGAACAAGCCUGUGAGGAUCCUGGUGAAGCGUGAUGAACUCACUCUUGAAGGUAUUAAGCAGUUUUAUGUUAACGUUGAAAAGGAAGAAUGGAAGCUUGAAACACUCUGUGAUCUGUAUGAGACCCUGGCGAUCACCCAGAGUGUCAUAUUCGUGAACACCAGGCGCAAGGUUGAUUGGCUUACAGACAAAAUGCGAAGCCGUGACCACACAGUCUCUGCUACUCAUGGAGACAUGGAUCAGAAUACCCGGGAUAUAAUUAUGCGGGAAUUUCGCUCCGGCUCCUCUCGUGUUCUCAUCACCACUGACCUUUUGGCCCGUGGUAUCGAUGUGCAGCAAGUCUCCCUUGUCAUAAACUUUGAUCUGCCAACUCAGCCAGAAAACUACCUCCAUCGUAUAGGACGUAGUGGACGGUUUGGAAGAAAAGGUGUUGCCAUUAACUUUGUGACUAGGGAAGACGAGAGAAUGCUGUUUGACAUUCAGAAGUUCUACAAUGUGGUUGUUGAAGAGCUGCCUUCGAAUGUUGCUGAUCUCCUGUGAUGAGUUUUUUACUAGGUUCACUGAGGUAAGGGGGUUUCUUAUAUGCAAGUAUUAGUUAAAUAUUUUUUUUCGUUUCGUUCUUGUUUAGCUUCUUAAAUUAAUGUUGCAAAACAUCUGACCAUCUAAUGAUGUGUCCUGCACAUUUGCAAUUGGGUGUGUGAUUGUCGAGUUACCCAUUUUCAGUUUGAUGGGCAUAUAGUAUUGCAAGUUUUGUUGCAGGUAGGAUUUUGUGUUGUAUGUCUUUUUUGGAUUUUUUGGGUUUAAUUAUCAAAGAGAUUGUAGUUUGGAUUUAUUUCUUUAUAUUUUAAUGCUUUUUAAUUUUCAAGGAUAAGGUGAUCCAUUAUAAAAUGGGAUAAAGAUUUUUUUUUCA